AUGCGUCGCGCGCUCGCGCGCAUCGCCGCGCGCGCGAGUGCGCGCGCGACGCCGCGCGCGCGGACGUCGCGCGAGGGGAGAUUCGCAUCGAAUGCGAUCGGUGCCGACGCCGACGACGGCGUCACGCUCACGGACGCGUGCGCCGCGCGCGUGCGCGCGCUCGAGCGCGAGGAGGGCGGGGCGACGCGCCUGCGGUUGGCGGUCCGGGGGGGGGGGUGCUCGGGGUUCACGUACGAGUUCACCCUCGAGCGCGGCGCGAGGGCUGGGGCGGAUGACAAGACGUUUCGAGCGGCGAACGGGGCGGAGGUGGUCGUGGACGGCGUCUCGUACGAGUACGUCAAGGGAAGCACGAUUGAUUACGUGGAGGAGAUGAUAAAGAGCUCGUUUGAGGUGGUGAAGAAUCCGAGGGCGAAAGGGAGCUGUGGGUGCGGGGCGUCGUUCGACGCGGAGGACGCGUGA